AUGCUAUACGCAAUUUUUACAAAUAAUAAGCUUAUUGUUAUAGAAACUUAUGAACUUUCGGAAGCGAAAUCAGCAAUGCUAUUUAAUGAACAGGAUUUGAAUGAUCGAAUGGAAGAGAUGUCGAGCUUGGAAAGAUCUCUAGAGGCCCAAGAAAGUGAACUUGACAAGAUCAGGGAAAGCUUAAGAGAGAAAGUUGAUUCAAUAAAACAAGAUCUUAAACAAGCAGAAGAAUAUGCUGUCACGCUUAGAGAAUCAUAUUGGAAGAAG